CAGAAACGGCACAGCAGGACCCCUGUCGGAGGGCUCAACCGCGCCUAACCCCUGCUUCAGAGUUUUACAACAAAAGGCAACAACUUGGAAAGUGUGUUUUUUUUUUUCCUUUCUUUCUUUCUUGCAGUGGAGUUACAAGGGAAUUUAACACUGGACGGGAACAGAACAAAGGGGAGGGACGGUCUGAGCUGAUGGACUCGGAGAUGAGAUAGCGCACAUAAGUUACCCCAUCUCCCCAUCCUUCCCCGUCGGACGGACGGUUCUUUUUCUUUCCGGAUGAUGUAACUGUUGUAUGACAGACUGGGCUCGGAUUUAUCCUCGCCGCUCUCUAAGUGCUCAUAUUUUCCUUUAAUUAUCAGCGUACGGUGAUAUCCGACGGCGAGCCGCAUCCUCCGGUUUUGGGAGCCCGUGUCCAGGUUUUGGAGAGGGGGCUCAGCGGGACGUUGCGCAGUGCUCAACUGGCUGUUACCCGGGGUCGGUGAGGGGUGGUGCAGUCAUGUGGCAGAGGAUUCAGAUUUGCUGCGCACUGUUUGCACUGUAUUCAGCAGCACCGCCUGCACACAUCAACCGCCUGGCGCUGUUCCCUGACAAGAGCGCCUGGUGCGAAGCCAAGAACAUCACACAGAUAGUCGGGCACACGGGAUGUCAGCCUCGCUCUAUUCAAAACAGAGCUUGUCUGGGCCAGUGUUUCAGUUACAGCGUCCCCAACACGUUCCCACAGUCAACAGAGUCUCUGGUGCACUGUGACUCCUGCAUGCCUGCCCAGACACAGUGGGAAGUGGUGACUCUGGAGUGCCCGGGCAGUGAAGAGUCUCCUCGUGUGGAUAAGCUGGUGGAGAGGAUCUUCCACUGUAGCUGCCAGUCCUGCAGUAAGGAAGGUGCCCAGGAGGGGGCGGUGAUGCAGCUGUAUCCAGCAGACAACGUCCUGGACUCUCCAUCUUUAUCUGACACCCUCAGCGGCGCUCAGUCUCACCCUCUGCCCCCUUCAGACACACACUCUAAUAAGCAUGCUCACCCACACACAGACCACCACACACUACCACAUACAUCAGACGGAGGGUAGGUUCAUCAUGUGACUCUUGUUGUCACUCAUCUCUUCCGCCUCUCUACUCUCCUCCACACCGCAUCCUUUGUACCAAUCUGUAGUAUUGUAAAGACACUUUUUUUUAUAUGCCUUCACUUUGUGUUAAAAGGUUUCUUUAAAGGCACACUCACACGUUCACAAAGUCAUGCUAUCAGAUUAAAACACACCAGCCUAUGCACUCUUUUUGUUUUGCUGAUUUAAAAAUGCACAUGAGUGCAUCCAGACGUGACUAAAGUCUGUUAAUAAGCUGUAGUCUCAUUACUUUUAAUCUGCUUUAAUGCAAUAAAUUCUAUUGUUGUGA